AACCGUAGUACCGACACGCCCUGUUGCAUCUAAUUGAAGUUUAAACUAUGAUCUUGCGAUGCGUUACAUCAACUUCUAGUCGAGUACCUCACCAAUACAUCGCUAACACAUGUGUUUGUGAUAUUCCUAAGCGAAUACAGAUCAUAAGCAGUUCUAUCAUUAUUACUUUCUUCAGUCGAUAUACACAUACAACAGACAAAUAGUAGCACCAUCCUGCGUUCUUGUGGUUGCUUAGGUAUAUGACUACCCCUUGCGUUACAGUCUAUUUACAGCAAAUCCAUUGAGGUGUUGAGGGCCGCGACCACCAGACGACACGAUGGUGCUCCACGACAUCAAGCGCGUGCUGCUGGGCCAACUUCCGGCGGAAGAGUUCGUGACCCCAUACAGCGCCUCGCUAAUGUACUUUAUUAUCACCAUGGCAACCGGCUACUCGCUAAGGUUCAUCAACUACAAAAUUUCUCCGGAGCCAAUCAAGACUUACGUCGGAAGUUUUCUUGCCACGCUUGAAAUGUGUGCGUAUUUCUUUGAAAACAACUUUAUUUUUAAGAACUUUGGAAGCUUUUGGCUUUUCGUCGCAGUAAUUGUUGAGUGUCUUAUUGCGAAUAGAACCUAUUUUGGAGCAUCGGAAAACCCGUGUCAUGCGUUCACGGCGUUGCUAGAACGGCAGAUCUCGGUCGUUGACGCGCUUCUACGGAUCGGAAUCCAAACGCUAGCUGGUCUGGCUUCGUACCGGUUCGCCAAGAUGGUCUGGUCCCUGGACAUGGUACCCGACCACAGAGAAAGGUACCUGGAGACGGCGUGCUCCUCUGACCUGAACGUGACCUUUCUGGUGGGUUUCAUUAUCGAGCUGGGCGCCACCCUGGUGGACACAUGGAUGGGGCGACAGACGCUGCUGGCCCAGCCCCUUGUGGACGAGGUGAUCAAAAUCGCCACCGGCUCGCUGAUGAUUGUACUGGGUAUCAGCAUGACCGGCAUGUACUUCAACCCGGCGAUGGCGUCAGGUCACACGUACGGUUGCCAUGGUACCGACGCCUGGGAGCACUUCUUCGUCUACUGGGCGGGACCGUUCCUCGGUUGUUACGUUGCCGUCAUGGUGGACAAGGUCAUGCACGUUGACGUCAGCGUGCAGUCUGCGGAACUCACGAAGAAGAAGGCUUAAACAAUGUAGAUUUUUACGAGACUCGCUAUUGAAGUUCCGGUGACCGUACUGAAGAAUGAAUUCUCGUGCUCAUUCAUUUAGAAAUAAGGCGUACGUUUUUUUUUAUUAAUACAUCGUUUAUCUAACAGAUGAAAUGAGCGGAUCAAACAACGAGUGCAGAGCUCAAUUAAUUGUAUUAAUAUAUUGUUAGAAAAUUGCUUUUACGUUUAUAUGCGAAACAUGAAUAUCGCCCCAUGGGUGCAAAAAGGUACCACGUGACAUUGAAAUAAGAAAGCACAUGGUACCUAUUUGCACCAAUAGGGCGAUAUUCAGAUAUUGACACACGAUAUGAGAUCACUUUAGAGUAAAUUAGAUUAAAAUGUUGCGUAUAUGAUACACGCCUCUGAUUUGAUGCACAAUUUCACAAUUGUUGUAUUGUCCCCUACCGGCUUCACCGGAAGGGACUUAUGGUUUGCGCUCUGUGUGUCCGUCAGGCAGUCAGUCCGUCAGUCUGUGAGUCUGUCACACUUUUCUGGAUCCUGCGAUAACUUUAUAAGUUCUUCAUUUUUUCAUGAAACUUAAAAACAUGGAUAGAUGGCAAUAUGGACAUUAUGCACGUCAUUUAAUUUUCAUUUCCUACAUCAAAAAUUCUGGUUUCUAUGGCAACAAAUAUAUAUAAACAGUCUGACAGUGGUGGAGCCGGUAGGGGACAUAUAUUGCUUGGCAAUAGUCUUGUUAUAAAUGGUGUUUUUAUUGUAUUUUCAUUUGGUAAUUCCUUAUUAUGUUUACCUUAUUUCUGUGUGCGUCACUCAGAAAGUUUAGUCAUAAAAGAGUGACAGCUCUCUUCCAUUUAUUUCACUUUGUCGUACAAUUGCUGAUAUAUAUGAUCAAAUAAUGUUCGCGCAUGUGCAUGGUAUAUGCUGUAAAAAGUACGAGUCUUCGCUUCUUGUUUUAUUAUAAAAUGCUAUACUUUAUUAUGUCCAGUUUUUACCAGUAUUAUUAUUCGAUUUUUUAGGUCUUCGAAACAAGUCGCCUUAUUACUUUCCAGAAAUGUUUAUUUCUGUAACCGUGGAUUUUUUAUAUAUUGUUUACCAUGUUUAUAUAUGUCAUUUUGUAGUGUUUAAAACCGUUUGAAUAAUUCCAAUAAAGUUAAUACAUCUA